CAACUACUGAAACAUGGAAGCCUUUACUCCUCAAUUACAAAAAAAAGGUCUGUUUACUAAGAUGAAAAAGAAGAAAAAAGGUGACAAAGGAUACACUAUUGCCAAUAAAGGAGCAGCUGGGGAAGGUGAAGACACAGACAGUAUAAUUGAUGCACCUGUUGUCCAAAAUGAAACUCCGCAGGAAGAUACUUCCGCAUCUGCUUUUGCUUCAAUGGGUGUGUCCUUCACUGGCAAGCAAAGCAAAAGAUCAAAGCCUAUAACAAAAAUUCAUGGUAAUGAGAUCAAAUCCCAGGCCUAUCAGAUUGCAGUAACAAUAAUUGAAGCACGGCAAUUAGUUGGCGAAAACAUUGAUCCAGGAGUAAUCAUAGAAAUAGGUGAUGAAAAAAAACAAACAACUGUGAAAGAAGGUACAAAUUCACCGUUUUACAAUGAGUAUUUCAUGUUUGAUUUCAUUGGACCACAAGAGCUACUUUUUGACAAAAUCAUAAAAAUCUCUGUGAUGCACUCCAAACUGAUAAAAGGAUUUCUGAUUGGCACAUUUAAGCUUGAUUUGGGAACUGUAUAUAAUCAGCCAGGUCAUCAGUUUGUUAAUAAAUGGGCAGCUCUUACUGACCCUGCGGACAUAAGAACUGGAGUCAAAGGUUAUGUGAAAUGUGACAUUGGUGUUGCUGGAAAAGGGGACAGUCUACAAGCUGUACCAAAAAACAGUGAUGCUGAAGAACAAAUUGAAAAGAAUCUUCUUCUUCCUAAGGGGUUUCCAAGUGAGAGACCAUGGGCCCGAUUCUAUGUGAAGCUAUACAGAGCAGAGGGUCUUCCAAAAAUGAAUUCCAGCAUCAUGGCCAAUGUCACAAAGGCUUUCAUGGGAGAUAGCAAAGAUCUUGUUGAUCCUUAUGUGGUGGUCACAUUUGCUGGACAAAGGGGUCGAACAUCAUCUCAGAAAAACUGUGCCGAUCCUGUAUGGAAUGAACAAAUCGUCUUCAAGGAGAUGUUCCCACCACUUUGUAGAAGAGUCAAAAUUCAGGUGUGGGAUGAAGGCAGUGUAAACGAUGUUGCCUUGGGAACACAUUUUGUUGAUCUAAAAAAAAUUUCUAAUGAACAGGAUGGAGAUAAAGGGUUUCUUCCCACCUUUGGGCCAGCAUGGAUAAACUUGUAUGGUUCACCUCGAAACUGCUCAUUGAUGGAUGACUACCAUGAACUCAAUGAGGGUUUUGGGGAAGGGGUUUCUUUCAGAGGUCGUGUUCUGAUUGAAAUAGCUGUGGAAAUAUUGACAGGAGGAGCUGCAUCUGAAAACAAGUUGUUGAAAUUUGCCAAAGAUGUAAAGUCUGCUGCCAAGGAUUCAAAAUCACAGAAGAAAGAUUCAAAAGGAGGUCAAGGGGCCGAGGAUGGUAAAUCAGGUGGACCUGCAGACAAGUCAAACUCUACAGAUGCUGUAGUGGAACCCUUUGAAGUGUCUCCUGAGAUUAACGAGAUACACAAUGAAGAUUUUCUUCUGUUUGGAGCAUUCUUUGAGGCGUCAAUGAUUGACAGGAAAAUUGGAGACAAGCCAAUCAGUUUUGAAGUUACCAUAGGCAAUUAUGGGAACAUUAUUGAUGGUAUAUCUCAUGGUGGUCCAAGUAAGAAGAAACCACAAGACAACAUCGAUAUUGAGAGUGGUCCUCUGCUUCACGGAGGAGAAUCAGAAGGAAUAGGUGAUGCAUCUGCUUCCUGCAAAUCCACCACCAGUCCAGAGAAGCCAGUUAUUACAGAAGGAAACAGGAGUUAUUAUUAUCUGCCAUAUCACAGUAAGAAGCCGUGUAUUUAUGUGAAGAGUAAGUGGGAGGACCAUACCUUCAGAAUUUACCAUUCUAACAUCUUGGAUAACAUUGCUGAAAGACUCGAAGAAGGUGUGGAGGAAGUGAACUCGUUGAUGAAAAUUUCUGAUCCCAAGACAGAAGAUACUUUGAAAAAUUUGCUGUACGACUUUACAAGCAGAUGCAGAACCUUUAUUUCUGUUGCUGAAAAGAAAUCAAAAAUGAAAACCAUGAAUGCCCUUGAUAAGAAAAGACUUACACUUUGCCGACAGGAGCUGGAAGUGAUGUCCAAUGAUGCAAAUUUAAUGGCAAUGGAGAAGAAGAAGAUGACAACCAGUGACAUUCUUCGUGAAGUUCAGAAUAUCAUUCAGAAAAUAAAAUUCCUUCUUGAUGAGCCUCAGCACACUGUACCUGAUGUGUUUGUCUGGAUGAUCAGCAAUAACAAAAGAGUUGCAUAUGCACGAAUCUCAUCUAAAGACCUGCUCUACUCACAAGUGGAUGCUGAGAGAGGGAAAGACUGUGCCAAAAUCAAAACUCUGUUUUUAAAAUUGCCAGGAAAGCGAGUCGUCGGCUGGACUGUUCAAGCUAAAGUCGAUGUAUAUCUCUGGCUUGGGCAAACAAAGUACGCGCAUACCAUCUUGGAAAAUCUACCAUGCGGAUUUGAACCAGAGAAUCCAAAAGCAAGUUCUGGACACCAGAUUACUCCUCCAAAUAAUCUGCUCUAUAAGGAGCAGACCUUGUUCCAGCUGAGAGCACACAUGUACCAGGCCCGAGGACUCAUUGCAGCAGACAGCACUGGACUUUCUGAUCCUUUUGCUAAGGUUUCACUUAUUUCACAUGGUCAGACUACUAAGAUUAUUCCACAAACACUGUCUCCAACAUGGAACCAGAUGCUUUUGUACAACAACAUUCAACUUUAUGGUGACUUGGCCGAUAUUUGUGUAGACCCUCCACUGGUGGUCAUUGAACUCUACGAUGAUGAUGCUGUGGGUAAAGCAGAAUAUCUUGGAGCUGCUGUGGCUAUUCCUGAAGUAAAACUUGCAGGUGUACCAUAUGUGCCACCAAGCCUUCAGUACUAUUCCAUUUUCUGUGGGAAUAUAUCCGGUGGAGACCUUCUUGGGGCUUUUGAACUAUUGCAGAUCCCAGAUUCUGGACCUGAGGGCCUACCUCCUUUUGAUGACCCUGAUCCAGCUCAGAUUUACCCAGUUCCUGCUAAUAUCCGUCCAGUUCUAAGCAAGUACAGACUUGAGGUACUCUUCUGGGGGCUGCGUGAGCUGAAGAAAGUCCAGCUUCUUUCAGUUGAUCGACCUCAGGUGUUUAUUGAGUGUGCAGGAAAAGGCAUUAAAUCUUCUGUAAUCCAAAGCUACAAGAGCAACCCUAAUUUUACAGUCCAGGGUGAUUGCUUUGAUGUGGAGUUACCUGAAAAAGAACACUUGCAUCCACCACUUAGCAUUUGUGUGGUAGACUGGAGAGCUUUUGGACGCAGCACAUUGGUGGGGACGCACACAAUUAACAGCCUGAAACAUUAUGCAUACAAACCAAAACCACUGCCACCACCUACACCCAAAGAAUUAAUUGAGGUUAAGCAAGAGCCUCCACCUCCUAUACUGCAAGAUCCUCUGUGCCCAGGAGAUCCAAUCUACAGUGAGAUAGCACCAGAGCCUGCAUUUCCUCCCAAGAAAAUGAGUACAGCUGGCAGACAAUCCAUGUCAACUAUGAGAAAAUCUCUUCGGAUGUCAAAAAGAAAGAAGCGCACAAUUGCUGAUGAGUCUGCAGAAAAUGUUGUUGAUUGGUGGUCAAAAUAUUAUGUUUCAAUUGAAAAGUCAAAGAAGGCUAAGGCAAAGGAAACAGCAAACUCUUUGGCAAUGCUAUUUGCAGGUGUUGAAAAAGGAAAACAGAGUGGUGGGCAUGUCAAAAUAAGUUUUGAUGAAAAGAAAGAUAAAGCAGGAAAAAAGAAGAAAGAAGAGGAACUAAAUUUAGCAACUUUGCAGAUUUAUGACAAGGAACUGGAAGCUGAAUUCAAUAAUUUUGAUGAUUGGGUGAAAACAUUUGAACUAUUUAGAGGGAAAGCCAGUGAUGAAGACAGCAGUUCCUAUGAAGACAGAAUUGUUGGAAAGUUUAAGGGCUAUUUUUGUCUGUAUAAAGACUCAGGAGAUGAAAGUGCUGCAGAUGGUGGACAGUUAAGAAUUAUGCAAGGAGUGCCACAAAACAACAGUAUGAAGGUCUUGAUAAGGGUUUACGUAGUGGCAGCAUUUAAUCUAACGCCUGCUGAUCCAGAUGGAAAGUCUGAUCCAUAUAUUGUAAUCAAACUUGGGAAGACUGAAAUUAAAGACAGGGAUAAUUACAUUCCUAAGCAGCUGAAUCCAGUUUUUGGAAGGUCAUAUGAGCUGCAAGCAACAUUUCCAUCAGAAUCUCUGCUAACCCUGAUGAUAUACGACUAUGAUUUGAUUGGAACAGAUGACUUUAUUGGAGAAACGAAAAUUGACCUUGAAAACAGGUUUUACAGCAGACAUCGUGCCACAUGUGGGCUACAGUCAGAAUAUGCCAUUGAAGGCUACAAUGCUUGGCGUGAUGCAACCAAGCCCCUGGAAAUACUGACUAAACUUUGCAAAGAUAAUAAAGUAGAUGGACCUUAUUUGCAACCUGACAAGAUAAUAGUGGGAGACAAAGUAUUCACUGGUCAAACUGUUUUUGAAGAAGAAGAGGAAAGAGUAGAAUCGCAUGAGCACCUUGCUUUGAAAGUUUUACAUUCCUGGUCUGACAUCUCAGGAAUUGGAUGCAGGUUAGUUCCUGAGCACAUUGAAACUCGGCCUUUGUAUCAUAAGGACAAGCCUGGCAUGGAACAGGGACGUGUACAGAUGUGGGUGGACAUGUUUCCUUCUGAUAUGCCUGCUCCAGGACCUCCGGUUGACAUUUCUCCACGUAAACCUAAAGGCUAUGAACUGAGAAUAAUCAUCUGGAACACUGAGGAUGUUAUUUUGGAGGAUGAGAAUAUCUUCACAGGCCAGAAGUCAAGUGAUAUUUAUGUCAAAGGAUGGUUAAAGGGUUUAGAAGAGGACAAACAAGAAACUGAUGUGCACUACAACUCUUUGACUGGAGAAGGGAACUUCAACUGGCGCUUUGUAUUUCCAUUUCACUACCUGCCUGCUGAGAAGCAAAUGGUUGUCAGUAAAAGAGAAAACAUAUUUUCCCUGGACAAGACUGAACGCAAGAUUCCUGCAGUGCUGUUGCUUCAGGUUUGGGAUUUUGAAAGGCUGUCAUCUGAUGACUUUUUGGGUUCUUUUGAGCUUAACCUGAAUGGUUUUCCACGUGGAUCAAAAUCAGCUAAGCACUGUGAUCUUGAUAUGCUGCAUAACACAGAUGAGGAUGAAAAUAUCUCCAUAUUUCAGCAGAAACGUGUCAGAGGCUGGUGGCCAUUUGCAAAAUCUGGUGAACUAACCGGAAAAGUAGAAGCAGAGUUCCAUCUGGUCACAGCUGAAGAAGCUGAAAAGAGCCCAGUGGGCAAAGCACGUAAAGAGCCAGAGCCCCUGGCAAAGCCAAACCGUCCAGACACAUCAUUUUCAUGGUUCGUCAAUCCCUUCAAGUGUCUGUACUACUUAAUCUGGAGAAACUAUAAGAAAUACAUCAUCAUUGCUUUUGUAUUGCUCAUUGUUAUUUUGUUCCUUGUCCUUUUCUUCUACACACUUCCUGGCGCUAUCAGUAAUAAAAUUGUAAGUGGAUAAGGAACGCAGCCCUCAUCUCCCUGGCAACAGUUUAACAUUGCAUUCGCUAAUGUAGAAUAUCUGAGACUAUUUCAUAGCCGACAUGAGUCAUGUCUAAAAUAAAGGGCGGAAAAGUGAAAAAUUGUAUAUUAUUUUAAUCAAGUGUUUGGGUAACAUAUGCAUGGUUCCUUCAUCUCACAAUAAUAUAUGGUUUGGCAUUACUUACCAAGUUGUUUAAUAUUUUUCUGUCAUAGUUUUGUAAAUAAAUUAACUGGAUUACCUUAGCCAUGUGGUACUAAAUUUGGAUUACAAAUGUUUAUGGAUUUAGCAAUUACAAAUCCUAUAUAAAUGAAAGUCAGAGUAGUAAUCCCUGAUCAUGUUAAUAUUGGAUUUAUCAAACAUUUGUCUCCAUCUCUUAAGUUUGUUAACAUUAUUGACUUCAUUGUAUUUUGUUCUACAUAUUGUUUCAGAUGUUUGUUUCAGUUUAUUUUGAUAUACUACAACAUGAACAGAGAAAACCUGAUUGGACUAUGGCAGUGAUCUUUUCUGAAUACUAAAAAGAAAUAGAUAUUGUUUUAUAAUUAGCCAUGACUGGCAAAGAAAGUAAUUUCUUUAUAUGGCAUAUAUAAUCCCUUGAACAAUUUAAAAUAUGAGCACAAAAAUCAUUAGAUAGUUUAUGUUGAACAUUCUCUUGUCAAUCAUAAAAUAGUAAUAUAUUUUGACCGUGCAGAUCAUGGACAUACUUUACCACAUACUAUACAUUGGAAUAUCAGACAAUUUGACUUAGGGAGUUAAUCCCACACAGCUGUUAACUCAAUGAGGACUUUUUUCCAAACGCCUUUAUUGAAUUAUUUGUGAAAGGCAAAUUUACAUUCAUAUAAAAGUAAUCAAAGUAUAUUAACGUAACAAACAUUAUACUUCGCAUACUGUAUAUAUGUGAUAUAACAUAUAACCUAAGCAAUAGUACACAAAUUAUUCAAUUCUUGCCUUUUUUAAACAAGAAGCAUACUUAUUAAACCAUCAUUUAUGAGGACUUUGAUAGUAAACAGACUAACCAUGCAGAGAUCCGUCCUCUGUGGCAACUUGCAGUAUUUAAUCCUGAAGACAGAGAACUGAUGCAUUCUUAAAGAAGCUGUUAAAUGCAUGAAAAUGAUGUUAAUAAAAUAAAAGUAAUAAAUUUAUCUGAAAAUAUGUGUUCUUUCUCAUAAGUGUACCUGGUUAUUAAAAUGAAUUGCACAAUUACUGUAGUCAUAUUUCCAGAUCAGAUUCUAUGCAGUCAUCUUUUAAUUUCCUAUAUGUCUAGCCAUACUGUGAAUAAAAGGAUUUGUAGUAUUAAUUACUACAGUGGCUAUGCACAGGACCCCUUUCUUUGGUUUCUCGUACGCAUGUUCUGGAUAAUUAAUUAAGAACCUUUGUCAAAAGUGUACUUGUUCAGCUGUUAUAUAUAUCCAGCAUUUUCUAACAAUUAUUAUGGAUUAUCAUCUGUAUAUAUGUAUUUGUAUAUCACUUAUUUGUGUCUGCUUCAGUCUCAACAGAUUGCAAAAUGCAUUUAAUGCAUGAUAUAUUUUAUCUGAAAUCAGUAGUCAUGUUGUGAUAUUGGGGUACUUGCAAAUAAAGUUCAAUGUAUUGUACUGAUUUUGAAGGAAGAACUAAACAAGAUGCACUAGCUAUUCUUUUAAAGGUGUUAAUAAUAAAAGACAUAUUGAAAAUGAAAAUUAUUUCUUAGCUCACGUGUAAAAUAUUAUAAAAUAUGGUGUUUUUUGCUUCUGUUUCCUGCAAAAUAAACAUCUAUUUAUGGA